AUGGGUCUAAGGGGGCGACCAGUGCCUCCACCCACCCAGAAUGUGCAUCCAUUCAGGGCAUCUUCCAUACGGAGCAACAGGUCUUCUGUUCUCACCAUAGACUCCUCUCUCCAUUCCUCCCCCUUCCACUCUCCUCACAUGCCCCACCGUGUCCCAUUGGGAAGGCGAGAAUCAGGCCGUCUCCCCCCUCGCCCCAUGGCACGAGGACGUCCUUUAAUAGCCCAGCAGUCUAUCAGAAGGAUGCCUCUUCCCUCUCCACAGCCCUCUCUUAAACAUAUGCCCCAUCCUUUAUCCCCCCGACUCUCUCCCCGACUUUCUCCUCAGCCCUCUCCCUUACUUUCCCAUCGGGCUCCCCUUCAGCCCAACUAUACAUCGCAUGCUUACACACCUGACCCCAGUGGAGAUCCUUAUGCAGUGCAGCCAGACCAGGCCUUUGUUCCCUCUUCUCCUAUGCUCUCUGGUGCUUUGCAGAACCAGGCUAUCCGCCAGGCCUCAUUCAUGUCUCCCCUGGGCCCACAGCAAGCCCCCUUGAAUCCCCAGGGGGUAAACAUGGGUGAGGUGGUCGCAGAUUAUGGGGAGCAACCUCCCCCUUUCUCCCCCAUGCUGUCUAGUGCGUUGCAAAACCAGACCAUUUGCAAUGCAUCCUAUUCCUCCCCUUUGCAGAGACCAAUGUCACCUUAUGAACAACCUGUAGACCCUUCUAGUCCAAUGCUCUCUGGUGCUCUUCAGAAUCAGGCAAUACGAGAUGCAUCUUAUGUGUCUCCUUUACAAAGGCCAAUGUCGCUCUAUGAACAAUCGAUGCCACCCUCCUCACCCAUGCUGUCUGGUGCAUUGCAAAACCAGACCAUUCGCAAUGCAUCCUAUUCCUCCCCUUUGCAGAGACCAAUGUCACCUUAUGAACAACCUGUAGACCCUUCUAGUCCAAUGCUCUCUGGUGCUCUUCAGAAUCAGGCAAUACGAGAUGCAUCUUAUGUGUCUCCUUUACAAAGGCCAAUGUCACUCUAUGAACAAUCGAUGCCACCCUCCUCACCCAUGCUGUCUGGGGCUCUGCAAAACCAGGCAGUUAGAGGAGCAUCUUACGUGUCUCCACUCUCAAGGCCCCGCUCCCCAUAUGGCCCUUCAGUGCCUUCCUCCCCAAUGCUCUCUGGGGCUAUGCAACACAGCCAGGCCCUCAGAGGGGUAACCUCAUAUAGAACUCCACCCCUGCACUCACUAUAUGGUCCAACUGUGGUCACGCCAUACGAUUACAUCUCUGAGCCUGGUCCAGCACCGCUUCUCCAAGAUGCUUUACAUAGCCGAUCGGACUUGCAGAACAUUUCUUUUCGGAGAUCGCCAUUGGCCCAGUACAAGAACCCUUAUGCCCCAGCUGGACCACAGCUUCACCAUGCACUGCACCAGAAUCCAAACCUGCGCCAUGCGUCUUACCAAACACCUGUGACCCUCCGACGUUCACCCUACGGGCCCCCACCUCCCACGUCCCCACUGCUAGACAAUGCCUUGCAAAACCCACAGGUCCGUGGAGCUUCAUACACCCUGCCUGAUGGAUCAGUUAUCAGGGAUCCACGUUAUCCCCAGAAGCCAACCUCCCCGGACCUUACCAGAGCUCUUCAGAAUCAGAACCUCAAGCAUGCCUCCUACAAGCUCCCUGAUGGCACCCUUGUAGACCCUAGACAUCAGGAACCUAUUUCCCCAAAUCUGGUUAAGGCCCUAAAUAAUCCAGCUCUACGCAGCGCCUCCUAUACACUCCCAGAUGGUACCAUUGUGAUUGACAGUAAGCAGAAAAAGUCCCCAAAUCUUACAGCAGCACUUCAGAACCCAUAUGUCAAAGGUGCAUCAUUCACCCUGCCUGAUGGUACCAUCGUCAUUGAUCCAUGGAAACCUGCGUUACCCAACCUGUCCAAUGCCCUUCAAAAUACUGCCAUGCGGAAUGCUUCCUACACACUUCCAGAGGGAACGGUGGUCCAUGACCCCAACGCACCCGUCACACCGGACCUGCUCAUGGCGUUGAAUAAUCCAGCACUGAAAGGAGCGAGCUACACCCUCUCAGAUGGAACCAUCAUAUUGGACCCGGGGAAAGCCAAAAGUCCCAAUCUCUACGCUGCACUCCAGAACCCCUACAUGAAGGGGGUGUCCUACACCCUCCCAGAUGGAACCAUUAUCAUUGACCCAAGGAAACCAAUCACUCCUGACCUAUCAAAAGCUCUUCGAAACGAAAACCUACGAAAUGCAUCAUACCAUCUUUCUGAUGGUACCCUGGUUAUCCCUGGGCAGAAGCCCACUUCUCCCAGUCUAGCAGCCGCACUGCAAAAAAACCAAGGCCUGCGCUCUGCAGAUCUCUUUCAGCUCCCAGAUAAAUCUGUGCUGUCUGGCAAACCCAAACCCAAUCCUCCCAACGUAUACUCUGCAAUGUCAAAUUCUGACAUUCGCAGGACUCACUCUUUGCUCUACAGGCUCCCAGAUGGCUCCAUCCUUACACGCCGGUUCCAUAACCCAUUCUUGGGUGAUGCACUCCAAAACCAGCAGCUUCGCUACGCCUCGUACAGAGUGCCAACAGGACUGCAUGGCGAGGAUGGGCGUUAUGCUGUGGUCCCUCCCUACGGACCGCGCUCAGGCCACUGGGCCAGGAAUGCCUGGGGUGGGGGGGUUGAAGAGGAUGACGUCUGGGGCGCAGAGAAGGUGCUGCCACAUGGGACUGUGCAAAAUUUGUCAAAGUGGUCCAUGUACCGGGAGGAGGGGGUGUUGGAUGGCUACACUCCCCCACCGAAAGGCAUGGAGGGAAGGCUUCAGGAGCCAGGCUGGGCCCCUGAGAGAGAAGUGGAGCCUAGUGGGAGUUGGUUUAACAAGGUCUACUCUAUAAGAAGCACACCAACAGUAGGCCACAGGGUCAAACGCUGGGCUGAGGGCAUAGAAGACAUGACACAGAUGGAGGACCUGAAUGAGACCACUGUCCUACUGAACCUGAAGAAGCGAUACGACCAAGAGCUCAUAUAUACCUACAUAGGCAGCAUCCUUGUGUCUGUGAACCCCUAUAAGAUGUUUAACAUCUACGGCACUGACAUGGUGUUGCAGUAUGCUGGCCACGGCUUGAGUGAAAACCCUCCCCAUCUUUUUGCCAUUGCUAAUUUCUCGUAUACCACCAUGAUGGAUGCCAAACAGAACCAGUGUAUUGUUAUCAGCGGAGAGAGCGGGUCAGGCAAGACCGAAGCCACCAAACUAAUCCUGCGUUACCUGACGGCGAUACAUCACAAACGCAAUGUCACACAACAGGUGUGUAUCCUGGAGGCCACACCCUUGUUGGAAUCCUUUGGGAAUGCCAAAACGGUGCGGAAUGACAACUCUUCCCGUUUUGGAAAGUUCACCCAGGUCUACAUGGAGGAGGGUGUGAUCAGUGGUGCCAUAAUGUCUCAGUAUCUGCUGGAGAAGUCCCGCAUUGUCUUUCAGGCCAAAUCAGAGAGGAAUUACCACAUCUUCUAUGAGAUGUUGGCAGGCCUUCCUCCCCAUGAUAAACGUUCUCUAUAUCUACAAGAGGCUGAGACUUACUACUAUCUUAAUCAGGGUGGAGAUUGUAUGAUCGAGGGUAAGGAUGACAGCGAGGAUUUCCAGCGCCUGCUGAAUGCCAUGGAGAUCCUUUGUUUCACAGCAGAGGAGCAGAAUGGCAUCUACAGACUGCUCUCCUCUAUCCUUCAUCUGGGCAAUGUCUACUUCCAAACACACCAGACUGAGGGUCAAGAGGUAGCAUCGGUGGUGAGUGCGCAGGAGAUCAGGGUGAUUGCUGAGCUGCUGCAGGUCUCACCUGAUGGAUUACAGAGGGCUAUCACCUUCAAAUUGAUGGACACAGUAAGGGAGAAGAUCUACACUCCGCUGACAGUGGAGAGUGCUGUGGAUGCCAGAGACGCAGUUGCUAAGAUCCUGUACUCGCUGCUGUUUAGUUGGCUGACAGAGCGUAUCAACGGGCGGGUCUACCCUCGCAACGAGGCCCUCUCCAUCUCCAUACUGGACAUAUAUGGCUUUGAGGAACUGCAAGUGAACAGUUUUGAGCAGCUCUGCAUCAACUACGCCAAUGAAACCCUGCAGUUCUACUUUAACCGGGUUAUCUUUCAGGAAGAGCAGGAGGAGUACAUGCGGGAGCAGAUUGAAUGGCAUCAACAACCCAUCAGCCACAACCAGGCCUGUCUCGACCUCAUCGCCGCUAAGCCUCAUGGGAUCCUGCGCAUACUGGAUGAUCAGAGUGCCUUCCCUCAGGCAACAGACCACACCUUCCUUCAGAAGUGCCACUAUCACCAUGGCAACAACCCACUUUAUGCCAGGCCAAAGAUGCCCCUCCCAGAGUUCACCCUCAGACACUAUGCUGGCAAGGUUACCUACCAGGUGCAGAAAUUCCUGGAUAAAAACUUUGACAUGGUCCGCCAGGAUGUCCUUGACCUGUUCAUCCAGAGCAAGAGUAGCAUGGUGUCUAACCUAUUUCUGAAGCACUCAGAGAAUGUGUCUCUGCAGCGUUGUAAUGUGCAGCGCAGCAGUGUGGCCCGCCGAUACCAAGCUAACACUGUUAGCACCAAGUUCCAAAGUAGUCUACAAGAGCUGAUGGAGAAGAUAGAGAGGUGUAACACUUUUUUUAUUCGCUGCAUCAAACCAAACCACCACAAGGAACCAGGUGUGUUUGACAUGGAACUGGUCAGUGCACAGCUGCAUUAUUGUGGUAUUUUGGAGACAGUCCACAUUCGGAAAGAGGGUUAUCCAAUCAGAUUGCAUUUUCACAGCUUCCUCCUCAGGUAUAAAGCCCUACUCUGCAUGAAGGAUCCCCCUCCAGCUGAUGGAGAGAAUUGUGUCAUCAUGCUCCACAAGCUCUGUCCUGUCAAGAUGGGGUCAUAUCAACUUGGAGUCACAAAAAUAUUCUUGAAGGAAGAGUUAUAUCAGCUAUUGGAGAAUAAGCGUGACCGUGUGUUGACUCUAGCAGCCAUGACGCUACAGAGACACACGCGUAUAUUCUUCGUCCGCAAAAACUUCCUCAAGUUCAGACUCCGCAUGGUCAGGCUUGAAGCCCGCUGCAGAGGCCACUUGGCCAGGAUGAAGUUUGUUCUCAGGAGGAAGUAUCUUAUCAGGCUCCGUUCCAUGGUGCUGCUCAUCGUUAACCGGCAGCGUUACAUGAGGACAGUGCUGGAGCCUGUAAGGAAGGCAGAGGAGGUGAGUGAAAGAUAAAGAGAUUAUAAAGGAAAGAGAGAGGUGGUUAAUGUGACAACACUGCCUAUCCCUGCUGAGCUGGCAGCCCUGCUGCAAGCGGCUUCAGCUGGUGUAGAGCUCCAUUCUGACUGCUUGGCAUUGGUACAAGCUCCCAAGGUUCAGGUUGAUCCCCAGCUGACCCUGCCCCUGGACAUCAACAACUACCUAUUUACUCAUUACAUACGGGCCAUAUUCAGGGAGCCAUUAUUUGGAAUGCAGACCACCCCGCUGGAAAACUCUCUAACCAGAUUGGAUGAAGAGCUGAAACAAGGAGCGCUUGAUGUCUUCAUUUUGAUCCUCAGGUUUAUGGGGGAUCCUAAUUUAAACGGCGCUCAGGAGAACCUAUUUGGGAACUACAUUAUCCAGCGAGGACUAGCCAAUCCCUGUCUCCGAGAUGAGAUCCUGGCUCAGGUAGCCAAUCAGGUGUGGCGAAACCCAAACAUACUCAAUUCAGAACGUGGUUGGCUCCUACUUUGUUCCUGUCUCUCCGCCUUCCUUCCAUCUCAGAGGCUGGCCAAAUACCUGCUGAAGUUUGUGUCUGACUAUGGACCAGAGGGCUAUGACUGUGUGUGUCAACACCGUCUGCUCCAGGCCCUGCAGCAUGUCAGCGUAGCACCAGAGUAUGUCCGCACCUAUCCGCCUUGUUUACUGGAGUGGACUGCAAACCGCAAGAGAGCUCACACUGUGCUGCACGUACACUGUUUUGAUGGUGUCUCUUUCCUGUGUCCUCUUCACUCCUGGACAACAGGAGAAGACCUGGCCAAAGACAUCUUACAGCACAGGAGUGUGGUAGAGGGCCGGCUGGGCUGGUCUGUGCUACUGAAGGAGCUGGCCCAAUGGGUGGAGCUGGAGGGGUCAGACUAUGUGCUGGAUCUGAUGUCUGACCUGGAGCUACUGGCCGACUUCCCCAAACACAGCAGCUACUUCAUCAUCUCUGCCCAGGAACCAAGCAGGGUUCGGCCCAAUGCCAGCAUAAGCCUGUUGGGUGGUGGAUUUGAUAGGGAUGAUGAUGUAACAUCAUCGGCCAUACCUAACUCUGAAGGACCAUACAGCCAAGAUUUGGAGCCUCAGAGAGGAAUUGACCGCUAUCUUGAUAACCUAUUUGAUUCUGUUCUCUCUGAUGGAACUGAAGAAGCGAACCUUGCGGGGAGACUGGUCACCAGGAUGCAAGGAGCUGGGGGAGUUCGGGGAGGGCAGGGGGAUAAUCAGUCGGGGCAGAGCCCGUAUUACCCCCCACCUCCACCUGGGGAUCCUCAGCAGGCUGUCUUGGCUCAGCAGCAGCAGGCCUUCCCUGUAAAUAUGAAUGCCCAGCAGAGGACCAUGCAAACCAUGGCCAUGGUCAGCAGCCCAGUGACGAGCCCCCCUACCUCUCCUCUCACAAGCCCCCCCAUGAGUCCUUUGCUCCCGCACCCACCCAGCCCGUAUGCCUCCCCGACCAGCGCCUACUCCACCAUACCCCCCAGUCCUUAUGCUAAUGUUCCCCCUAGCCCCUAUGCUAAUAUUCCUUUGAGCCCCUAUGCUACAGCAGACAUACCCCCUAGCCCCUAUCCACCUGCUGCUCCCCAGACACAACCUCCACCUCAACCUCAGAUUCAACCCCAACCACAAUCCCAGCCACAGCCCUCUCACCGAGGCCUGAGAACUGAGCUUCAAACCAGGUCUACCAAAGCCAACAAGACUGAGUCAGCACAGCCUACAUUUGAACCUUCUCCACAGUCUGGUAAAGACAGUGUUCCCAGGAGAAAGGCUCCGGGCAUCCCUAUAAGCAAAGACAAACCAGCCAAGAAGUUUGCCCCUGUAGUGACAGCUCCACCGCCCCCUACUGGAGAAGUGGUGAAGUCCUCUGCUCGAACGGUGGAUCAUAUGGUCCCCAGCGAAGACAUCAAAGAAAUCAUCAGACGAUACAACUCUCCAUCUCCACCGCCUGACCCCCUGCCACCUGGCAAGAGGAGACCAGAUGGGAAGUUUAGGAAGAAACAGACCCCUCAUGAUGAAGCUUUACAGAUCCUCAAACCCCAGAUGGACAAUCCUCCCGCUCCACAGCCAAAGCGACCCAUUGCCCCGUCCCCAUCUGCCUGCAUGAUGAAAGAGGCAGGGUUUAAACCCACCAAGAACACCAAGAAAAAAGCCCUUGACCGCCCUGUGCCCAUCCCUCCUCCAGUUUCACGGGAGCUUCCAGUAGAGACAGAGACCAUUCAGACUCAACUUCACCAGAGCGCCAAUGAGGAGCAUUACACUUACACUAAUGUCCCCUGGAGACUCUACCUCAGGAAGGAGGUUUUUUAUCCUAAAGACGGCUUCAACCAUCCUUUGGUGCUCGACCUUAUUUUCAAACAGAUUGUGAAUGACACACUGUCGGAAGCAUGUGUUCGCAUCACCCGGGAUGAAAGGCAGAAAAUGAAAGCUCUGUUUGCAAAACAUGGAAUUGAACAGAAUAUGGACCCCGUUGAGGAGCAUGUGAAGAAAGCCAUCGUCACGACUGCCAGGGAAACCUGGGAAAUCUACUUUUCCCGUCUGUUUCCUGCCUCGGGAAGUGUUGGAACAGGAGUGCAGGUGUUGUCCGUUUCUCACAGUGGCAUUAAGCUGUUAAAGACAGUGAAGAGCAGUGCUGCAGCACCAGACUAUUUCAAGGUCUUGCGACCAUACACGUAUGCGGACAUCCUGUUUGUGACCAUUCCAUCUGAGAACAUGCUGGAGUUCAAUCUGACCAACGAGAAGCUCAUCCUGUUCUCUGCCAAAGCCCGGCAGGUCAAACACCUCAUAGACACCUUUAUAACAGAAAUCAAAAAGGAUUCAGACUAUGUGAUUGUGGAGCGUAAUUUUGUCACAGACAACCGCUCACUGCUUAGUUUCCACAAAGGGGACAUCAUCAGGUUGCAAGUGAUGGACGGCCUAGAAAAGGGUCAUAGUUAUGGUUGUGUGGUGAGGAAAAAAGUGGUGUUCUUGGAAGAGAUGAAGAGGGAGACUCAGGACUUUGGAUGGAAGUUUGGGGCAGUGUGUGGCCGCUCGGGGGCAUUUCCUGUGGAUUGUGUCCGUCCUGUGGCUGCCCCUGACUUCCUGUCCCUGCCACUGGACCGCAGGGCAGAGCCUCGAGGAGGCGCAGGACAGGUUGCCGUGUCAUCAGCCAUUGCUGUUGCUGUGGCAUCCACCAUGGCUGCACACGAGAUAGACCAAACUCUAGAGGUUUCUCUGGAUAGCUUUGGCGGCCAUGGUGUUGGAGAUGUGGACGAGAGCCUUGUACAGGACAGCAAAUAUGACAUGGUGGAGUUUGCCAAGAAGUAUUUCAGACAGGGAACUAGUGGGAAGGGAGAUUCCAUGAAGACCAAGAGCAAGAGCAGAGACUCUAGACAACCCUCAGAACUGACCAAGUUCUCCAAGACCCCUCUCUCUGAGUCUCUGAUAGAGUUUACUGACCCAGCCAUGAACAGAGUGGCAGCUGAUCUCUUCCUGGCGGUUAUGCGCUUCAUGGGGGACCAUUCGUUAAGAGGCUUGACUGAACAGGAAGUGGUCAGCACAUUCCUCAAGCUGAUAGGAGAAUUUAGUCUGAUGAGGGAUGAGGCUUACUGCCAGGUCCUCAAACAACUUACGGCUAAUACCAGCUCCAAACCGGACAGUUGCCAACGAGGCUGGAGGUUACUCUACAUCUUGACUGCGUUCUAUGGCUGCUCUGAGGUCCUGAAACCCUUCCUGUUGAAGUUUCUACAGCAGGCCUAUUGCAGCCCUGGAGUACUGUUUCAGGGUAUAGCUAAAGCUUGUGAGCAAAACCUAAAGAAGACGUUCCAAUAUGGAGGCCGUUCUGUCCCCCCUAACAGCAUGGAGCUGAAGGCUAUGCUGGCGGGACGGAGCUCCAAGCGCCAGCUGUUUCUCUUCCCUGGGGGUAUCGAGCGUCACCUGAAGAUCAAAACUUGUUCUGUUGCUCUCGAAGUGAUUGAAGAACUCUGUUAUGAGAUGGGUUUACAUAGGCUGGAGGCUAUGGAUGAAUACACUAUUUUUCUAGUCACCAACAGAGGUCAGAAUGUACGUCCAUUGAACAAGCAUGAGUACAUUCUGGACCUUGCUACAGAGGCAGAGCUGGUUGACAGCAACUUCAGCUUCUGGUUCAGACGAGUUGUCUGGACCCAGCCAUUGAAGUUCGACAAUGAGCUCUGUGUUGCAAUGCACUAUAACCAGGUCCUGCCUGACUACCGCAAAGGGCUUUUAAAUGUGCUUCCUCGAGGAAAAGUGAGCGACCAACAGUUCCAUCAAAUCUCCAAACUAGCAGCCCUGCAGCACAGAGCCAAAGACAUUGUCUUCAUCCCAAGCAUCCAUGAACUUUCAGAGUAUAUACCACAACCUCUGUUCAGGAAGCAGCCUCCCCAGCAGUGGGUAGCAAUGGCAACACAGCACAUGCAACAAGUACAGACCCUGAGCCCACACCAGGCCAGAGCACAGUUCUUGGGGCUGGUCAGCGCAUUCCCUAUGUUCGGCUCCUCGUUCUUUUACAUCCACAGCAGUAGUUCCCCUUCCUUUUAUGCCCCUUGUAUCCUUGCUGUCAAUCAAAAUGGCCUCCACUUCCUGCACAAGGAUACACAUGAACUUAUGGUGGUAGCCCCUCUGGUGGAGGUACAGUCCAGCCGUACCCAGAGGCCCACUGCUGGAACCAGCUACCCCUAUGUGGACCUUACUAUGGGAGAUAUGAAUAUACAAAGGGUCACUCAGCUACAGCUUGAGCAGGGUCUGGAGUUGUGCCGGGUCAUUGCCAUGCAGGUAGAAAACAUGAUGUCGGUUCGGGACAAGAGACUUACCCUGCCACCCAGUGAAAUUACUAUGCUGUAGCACACACUCACUUACAGCUUCACUUACACAAUCAAAUAUGCAAGUGCUCAAACGCAUGUAUGCACAGAU